AUGAUGGAUCCACAAUUAUUAGCUCAAAGUUUCAAUAUUAACGAGAUAUCAAAUAAUCAAACAAAUAAUUUAAAAUUAUCUACAGAACAUUUAAAUGAACAUUCACCACAAACAAAUGAUCUAACUGGAGGAUUUCUAUCAAAUCGUUCAUCAACAACAAAUUAUAAUAAUCGUAUGAAUGCAUUAUUUUGGUCUGGACAACAACCAACAAAUCAGUUGAUCGAUGAAAAUUCUUUAACUACAACAAAUAAUAAUAAUAAUUUAAUUAUUGGUUCCAAUUCAGGAUUUAAUGCUCAUUCAAAUUCUAUAGAUAUGAAUACAAUUGAAUCCGGUGUAUUUCAUUCAAUGAAUGCUGUUUCUGCAGCUGCUUCUUCAUGGUAUGGUGUAGCAGCAGCUGCUGCUGCCGCGAAUGAUCCACGUUUAAAUAAUGAAUAUAAUGAAUAUGUUUCCCGUUUAAUGGGUGUUACAAAUGCUGCAAUGGCUUGCAGUUAUCCAGGACAUUUAAGUCCAUCUAGUUUCAAUGGAACUGAUGGCUUAUUAAGUAAUAAUAAUAAUGAUAUUACUGGUCACAGUUCUAAUGAAUAUUCAAAUCCUCAUUGUAUUGCAAGAACGCGUAAUACUAGUCCACGUUCAUCUUCAUCAUCGUCAACUUCAGCAGUACUCGGUGGGACAAGUAAUAUACAAAUACCUUCUGGAACAGGAUCAUACAAUCAUACAAUUAAUAAUAAUAAUAGCAGAUUUAUGCGAGGAAGAUAUUCAAAUAAUUUAUCAUGUCAUUCACCAAUAAAUACAGCACAAUCAAAUCAUCGAAUGGAUUCAUUAGAUUAUCAUGAUUCAUCGAUCAAUACAUUUCAAACGAAUAUUUCUAAUAAUAGUAACAAUAUUACUAGCAGUAGUAAUAAUGCUGCUGCUAUGUUAGCCUAUGAAAAGCAUCAGAAAGCUGUUGCCGUUGCAGCUGCUGCCGCUGCAGCUGUUGCAGCCAAUGCUGGCGGUAACGCCAGCGGUAAUAUUCAUUCACAAAUUAACCAGUAUUCCUUAAAUUCAUAUCCAUUUAAUUCUUCAAUUAAUUCACAAUCAUAUCAUCAACAUCCACAGCCUCCACCUCUUACUCAACACCACCAUCAAUUACCACAUAUUCAAGGACAGACUGAGUGUGGUAGUAACAAUCAAAGUGGUAAUACAAAUGGUCUUAUUGGAGUUGGUGGUGGUGGCAAUGGAGGAGUGUCAGUAGCAGCAGCGGCAGCAGCUGCAGUAGCUAUGCAUUCACUGCAUAAUGUUGCUGCUGUUGCAGCUGGUCAUACUGGACAUCCAAUCAGUAUGCAUUCAGUUACAAAUAAUUUUCGUGGUUUAUCACAACGUCGUAAACGUCGUGUAUUAUUUACUCAAGCUCAAGUGUAUGAAUUGGAAAGACGUUUUAAACAACAAAAAUAUUUAUCUGCACCGGAAAGAGAACAUUUAUCACAGGUGAUUAAUUUAACACCAACACAGGUGAAAAUUUGGUUUCAAAAUCAUCGUUACAAAUGUAAACGUGCACAAAAAGAUAAAGAAACCGCAUCAGUCAGUGAUCAACAUUCGACUACAACAAAUAUAAUCGAUUUAAGAAAUGAUUCAGUGCAUUCCAAUCAUUUAUCUAUGCAAAAUACACCAUCAACAAUAACAUCAACAUCAUUAUUUAAUCGUAGAUUAACACAAGAUUUAUUGGAUAAUCGUUUAUUAUCAUCAUCUAAUAAUAAUAAUAUUAAUAAUAAUAAUAAUAAUAAUAAUGAUAUGAAUAUUAUCAAUCAUCGUAAAUUAAAUCCAACUAAUUUGACUGAUCAUCAUUCAAUUAAUUCCGAUUUAUCAAAUUGUUCCGAAUCAUUAUCUAUUGAAGAAUAUCAUAAUGAUAAUCAUAUGAUACAUUCAUUAAAUAAUGAAAAAUUACAAUUACAUAGUCCUGUUUUUAUGCCAAAAUUAAAACAAGCAUGUCUUGAUAAUAGUGAUUGUAUUUCAUCGUCUUUACAUUGUACUAAUGAUAGAAAUGAUGUAAAUUUAACAAAAAAUUCAAUUAUGAUGACACAAUCAUCACCAAAUCGACUUCAUUCACAGUUUUUAACAAAUGAUGCCCCAAUUGAAUUUUUUGGCUAUAAUGAUUUAUUACUGAAUUCUAAUUCUAAUAAUUGUACAUUGAAAAAAGAUAGAUCAAUGUUCAAUUAUCCAAUAAAUCAUUUAUCUUCAACACCAAUACCUUUACCAUCUAAUCUUCAAUUAUCAUAUGAAAAUAGAAUUAAUGAAAGUAUAUCACCAAAAAAUAAAUUGUCAGAAGUAACUAAUUCUACUAAUCCAAUAAAUACAAGUAAUUAUAUGAAUAAUAAUCCGUUUACACAUUAUCCAUUUGCAUCAAAUACAAAUUCUUAUGCACAGUAUAAUACAUCACCAUCAUAUCUACAGAAUUUUCUAACUAAUACAUAUCGCACCAAUAAUAAUUGUAAUAAUAAUAAUAAUAAUAAUAAUUCAAUUGUUAGUUCUUGUUUAAUGGAUUCUAGUCCUCCAACGGAUGAUACUAACGAUCAUGUCCAUAAUCGAAAUAAUAAUGAAAGGCUAAUUGAAUCAAAUUUCAUUGAUAUAAAUAAAUCAUUGAAUUUGCCCAUAACAACCACAUCGACAUUACCAAUAUCAUCAGCGUCAUCAUCAUCCGGUUUAACAUCCAGUCAAUUAGCAGUUACCACAUCUUCAUUGACAAAUUCGCAUUCAGAAUUUGAUAAAAAGUCAUCAAUAUUUCAAUCAAUGCAUUCUAUUACAACGUCAAUGAUUGAAACAUUGAAUAAUAAUAAUAAUACUAAUGAUAUCAAUAAUAAUAAUACCAUAACUGAUCGAUUAAACACUGAACGACAAAAGUUUUCAAUUAAAUCUGAUGAAGAUGAACAAAUUUUAGAUUAUCAUCAUCACCAUCAUCAUCAUCAUCAACAAGAAGAAGAAGAAGAGUUAAUUAAACCAAUGAUUGAUUGUAUUACUUAUAAGUCAUUAAUUUCUUUAGAUAACAACAAUAAUAUGACGUCUACUACCAAUAGUACUAAUAAUAAUAAUGACAGAAAUAAUCAUAAUCGAUAUCCUGAUUAUACAUCAUUAGUUACAGGUGAAUCAACAAGAAUAUAA